AUUUAUAAAGAAAAACAGUCGUAAGCGAUUCAAAGAAACACAAGGAAGAAGACGAGACUCUCUUCAGAUUCUUUUCCUAGGGUUUGAUCUGUUUGCCCAGAACGAAAGACACAGAGUCAGUAAUUGGAAGAUUCGUACUGUAAUGACAAGUGGGUUGCACGAAUUUAAUCUGGCUUCAAGAAGAGCCGAAGAAGCAGCGGCGAGGAGAUUUCAAGCCGUGCAAUGGCUUCAAUCUGUAGUGGGUCAACUAGGUAUCCCGAGUCAGCCAUCGGAGAAGGAGUUCAUUUCUUGCUUGAGAAAUGGUAUGAUACUUUGCAAUGCCAUCAACAAGAUCCACCCAGGAGCCAUUUCUAAGGUUGUGGAGAACUACUCGUAUUUGAACGGAGAGUAUCAACUUCCUCCUGCUUAUCAAUAUUUCGAGAACGUUCGCAAUUUUCUUGUGGCUUUAGAACAGUUGAGGCUUCCUAGAUUUGAAGCUUCUGAUCUCGAAAAGGAUAAUCUAGAGUCUGGAUCAGUGACCAAGGUUGUGGAUUGCAUUUUGGGACUUAAGGCAUACCAUGAGUGCAAGAUAACGAGCAAUGGUAAUGGGUUAUACAAGCACGUCAAAACCCCGACGUUUCAGCUUUCCGCCACUAAGAUUCAGCAGCCUCCAAGUGCCUCCAAAACGUCUAGGCAUUUGGACAUGUCUUCGGUCCGUGAGAGAAACGAUUGCAGGGAUGGUGGUGAAUCUGAUCAACUCAAAGAGAUAGCCAAGUCGUUUGCCGAUCACAUUUUCCAUUCCAAGGAAAAUAUUGAUGAGAAUCUUAUUUCACUAGUGAAUGGCACUGGGAAUUCUAGAGAAAAGUUCGAGAAAAUCAUCUCAAGAUUCCCAGAGCUUCAGUCAGGAUUCAAGAGUUUACUUAGCCUGAAACCAUCAGAAUCAAAAUCCAUGCCUCUGGGGGAGUUACCUGUCCAUGAAGAAGACCAAUUUGCUCAGUCCAGCAGAAGUCUCCUACAGAAGACAAAUUGCAACCAUAAGCAUUUACUGAAAACACAAGAAAAAGAGCUUGCGGUUCUCAAGACCUUGUUUGUAAAAACGAAGCAGGAUUUUAAGGAACUUCAGGUUCAUUUGCAAAGAGAUUUGGUGGAACUAGGGAAUCAGAUGCAAGAGAUGUCAUCAGCAGCUCAAGGAUAUUACAAAGUGGUGGAAGAGAACCGAAAACUAUAUAACAUGGUGCAAGAUCUUAAAGGAAAUAUACGAGUGUACUGCAGAGUAAGACCAAUCUUCAAUAGUGAAAUGAACGGAGUAAUAGAUUACAGAGGAAAAGAUGGAUCUUUAAUUGUUUUAGAUCCAUCGAAGCCUUAUAAAGAUGCAAGAAAAACGUUUCAAUUUAAUCAAGUAUUUGGUCCAACAGCAACUCAAGAUGAUGUAUUCAGAGAAACAAAACCACUAAUCAGAUCAGUGAUGGAUGGCUACAAUGUCUGUAUUUUCGCUUAUGGCCAAACGGGAUCAGGGAAGACAUACACGAUGAGUGGUCCUCCAGGCAGAUCAGCUACUGAAAUGGGAAUAAAUUAUCUAGCUCUCAGUGAUCUCUUUCUGAUAUGUGAUAAAAGAAAGGACAUGAUGAUGUAUGAGAUAUACGUCCAAAUGGUCGAAAUCUACAAUGAGCAAGUCCGAGACCUUCUUGCGGAAAAUUCCUCCUGCACUAGAUUAGAUAUUCGAACUUGUUCUAGUGAGGAUGAUGGCUUGAGUCUUCCAGAUGCUACAAUGCAUUCUGUAAAUUCUACCAAGGAUGUCCUUCAGCUGAUGGAGGCUGGUGAAGUGAAUCGUGCAGUUAGUUCCACGACCAUGAACAAUCGAAGUAGUCGGUCUCACAGUAUUUUUAUGGUGCAUGUUCGUGGGAAAGACACAUCUGGGGGAACCCUCCGAAGUUGCUUGCAUCUUGUGGAUCUCGCAGGGAGCGAACGAGUAGAUAAAUCAGAGGUAACUGGAGACAGACUCAAGGAAGCACAGUAUAUCAACAAAUCUCUUUCUUGUCUCGGGGAUGUAAUCUCUGCAUUAGCUCAGAAGAAUUCUCACAUCCCAUACCGAAACAGCAAACUUACUCUUCUACUUCAAGACUCAUUAGGAGGACAAGCCAAAACAUUAAUGUUUGCUCACUUGAGUCCUGAGGAAGACUCCUUUGGGGAAACAAUCAGUACUUUGAAAUUCGCACAAAGAGUUUCAACAGUCGAACUUGGAACUGCUCGUGCACACAAAGAGACUAGAGAGGUUAUGCAUCUCAAGGAGCAGCUUGAAAACCUGAAGAAGGCUUUGGGUACCCAAGAAUGGAAUAAUGUUUCCAACAGUGGAGCAAAGGAGAUAAAAUCUCCUUUCAGCAGGCCGAUUGCAACAACAGAGAGAACUCCUCCACGUCUCAGAAGAUUAAGCAUCGAAAACUGUAGCAACACCAAGGCAAACCUUGAAGACAGGAAAGGUGUUAAAUCACCUUUAGCAUCCCGUCGUUCUCAAAUAUUGAAUUUGGAGGGUCCAAAAUCCUGUAAAAACGAAGAAAACAGUAAAGGAGAACCCACCACGGAAGUGCACCAGCUCAAGAAUCCACGGAGUCCUGUAAGCUCUUAUCAAAACCGAGCAGUGAAAGUAGAUGGCAGAACAAGCAUUCCUCAACUCCAGCUAAUGCAGACACCUGUUAAAGGAGCUUCCAGAAACGAGAUACAGAUCAUUACAGUGGAUUCUAGAACAAAUGGAAAAGGUUCACAAAUACGGAAAUCCCUGAGGACAAUCGGAAAGCUGAUCAAUGGUUCAGAGAAGAGAAAAGAGAACACUGCGGAUCCACGGUCACCACUUGGAGUUGCAAAUAAUUUCAGUCAUAUAAAGUCCCCGGACACAAGCAACGCUAAGGCUAUGCGACGGCAGUCACUCACGGGUGUAAUGCCACCACUCACGGGUGUAAUGCCACCAGGACAAGAAAGAUCACGUAGGUCCUCAAUAGGAGGAAACCCAAUUGAGAAUGGUGUAACGGGUACAAGAAAUGCCAAGACACCUCCACCUAUGCGUUCAGCAUCAAAGAUAGGGAAGAAGUGGGCAUAAAAAGCUAUUGAAGAAUGACAUGUUCUCUUGCUUUGGCUCGAAGCAUAGUACUCGUUGAAAGUCUUUUUAGCAUCUACAUUCAGUUUCCAUCAAUAUGAUGAAAAUUUUAUUUCUUCUUCCUGAGUAAAUAAGACUCAACUUUAGAGGGCUCUGACUGUAACAUAGAUGGCUCUUGUUCUUAACAGUUUUGUUGCUAGUGUCUCUGAAUCAUUGAGUUCAUUUAGUUU